CCUUACAACCCCCAAAUCAAAUUCAAUCUCCACCCUCCAUUUUAACCCAAACGAAAUCCCAACCCUCCAAAUCUCAUAACUCUACUUCCCUCUAUACUUGUUCGCCAUAAUCUCUCUCUCUCUCUCUCAGUCGCCCACAAUUUCAAAUCCUUCUCUCUCUUCACUGACCCCAAAACCCACAAACAAAAACAUCCAUAAAUUCAUGGAUUCGGAUCAAGGCAAGCUGUUCAUUGGUGGGAUUUCAUGGGAGACAAGCGAGGAAAGGUUAAAGGAUUACUUUUCCCAAUACGGAGACGUUCUGCAGACCGUUGUUAUGAGAGAGAAAACCACUGGGAGACCCAGAGGGUUUGGGUUUGUGGUUUUUGCAGAUCUCUCCAUUCUUGAUCGCGUUCUUCAGGAUAAGCACACCAUCGAUGGAAGAACGGUUGAGGCGAAGAGAGCCAUGUCAAGAGAGGAGCAGCAAACAUCAGCCAGAACUGGAAACUUUAAUUCUUCUAGAAGCAAUGGAGGUGGUGGAAACAUCAGGACCAAGAAGAUAUUUGUUGGAGGGUUGCCUCCCACUCUAACUGAAGAUGGAUUUCGUCAAUAUUUUGAAGGUUAUGGUCAUGUCACUGAUGUGGUAAUCAUGUAUGACCAGAAUACUCAACGGCCUCGUGGAUUUGGCUUUAUUUCCUUUGAUACUGAAGAUGCAGUUGAUAGGGUUUUACAUAAAACAUUUCAUGAUUUGAAUGGUAAACAAGUUGAAGUAAAACGGGCUCUUCCUAAAGAUGCCAAUCCUGGAGGAGGUGGCCGUAACAUGGGGGCUGGUGGUGCUGGUUUUGGUGGUUAUCAGGGUUAUGGUGCUUCUGGUGGCAAUUCAAGUGCAUUUGAGGGUCGUAUGGAUUCUAAUAGGUACAUGCAGCCUCAGAAUACUGGAAGUGGCUUUCCACCUUAUGGUUCGUCUGGGUAUAGUACACCUGGCUAUGGAUAUGGUCCAUCCAGCAACAGUGUUGGUUAUGGCGGUUAUGGCAGUUAUGGUGGUGCCAAUACUGGGUAUGGUGGCCCUGCAGGUGCCACCUAUGGGAACCCAAAUGUAGCUAGUGCUGGUUAUGCAAGUGGUCCACCGGGUGCGCCCAGAAGUUCAUGGGGUACCCAAGCUCCCUCUGGUUAUGGUACCAUGGGCUAUGGAACUGCUGCUCCUUGGGGUAGUGGCAGUGGUGGCAGCAGUGGUGGUCCUGGUUCAACACCUACUGGUCAAUCUCCUAGUGGGGCCACUGGGUAUGGGAAUCAAGGUUAUGGGUAUGGUGGGUAUGGUGGAAGUGAAGGUUCGUACGGGAAUGCCUCUGCUUAUGGAGCUGUUGGUGGACGUUCUGGGAGUGUCCCAAGUGGUAAUCAGGGUGCAGGAGAAUUACAAGGGAGUGGUGGCAGCUACAUGGGAAGCGGCUAUGGUGAUUCUAAUGGAAAUUCAGGGUAUGGAAAUGGAGGUUGGAGAUCUGAUGCAUCACAAGCUUCUGGAAAUUAUGGAACUCAAGGAAAUGGUCCUCAUGGUGGGCAAGUUGGCUAUGGGGUUGGAUAUGGUGGUGCUCAGGCCCGACAAGCCCAACAACAGUGAUUAGAUUGCUUUUUUGCCAACUGGACCUAAGCUCCGUGCUUCAGACCCAUCUCUUUGUGGAUGAGGGCAUGCUCUGUUUUUUCCUGCAACAAAUGGGGCAGCUCAAGUUGAUGUCAUUGCUCUUUGGGACUGGUUGGAUUGCUUGAAUCCCAGUAGUUUGCAGUACUAUUUUGAUAGUAAUAAGAGUAGUUUCAAGGCAUGAUAGAUGCCGAUCUUAUUUAGUAUUUGCUAUUGAGUGUAGUUUAAAUUUGGCGUGCUUAUAAUUGUUUACUUGCAGAAUUGUCUUGUCUGUCGUAGUGUUUAAGCUAUAGUAGCUUUAUAUAACUUUAUUUAUGUUGGUUUGAGUGCAGUAUCAAUUUUGAUUUCCUGCAUACUGAUUUAGACGGCAUUGGAAACAAAGUGAUAGGUUGCAGUGCUAUAUUUUAUUUUGCAUAUUUGUAGGGAUAACAGUGUACUGAAGGUUUUUACUAAUAGCGAUAGCAGUGGAGCUUUGGGUCACUUGGGUUGAUCACUUCGUAGUGGGUAGCAGUAAUCGUAGUGGAGGAGAGAUGCUCGAGUUCUAAGGUGGAGUCAAGUGUCUCACUCAUGGCUGAACCCGAGCUACAUAUUGGGGGUGUGUUCAGUAUGAGGGUUUUUUCAGCGUGGAAUGGGAGUGUGGAAGAGGACUUAUUCGGUUGAAAUUGUGAAAUAACCUGAGAGGCCAUUCCCCAGGCAGGCGAUGUCAACCUGACCAAUUUUGGAGAUUCUUUGCAUUCUAUUUCAAGUCAUAAAUUACCUGAUCUUCAUGCGGGUUGGUGAUGUUCAAAGCAAACAGUUUUGUUAGCUAUCUUUGGCCAAAUUGUUUUAGGAUGCGUCAGAAUGGAUCAUAAUUUUUUUAUUCCAGAUGUUUAGAGUACCACUAAAUUUUUUUCUUUUAGAGGAUUUUCUCCAAGAAGCUUAGUUUUUAAAUGGAUUAAGACUGUUCCAAAACGUACUUGUCUGUCUCUUCUUUUGUGCUUAUGGCCUAUCUAUAUCACCCCACUUAGUUCUUUCCA